GGGAAGAGGUGCCGAUGAAGAAAGUCGAGGACAAAUUGAUCCCCAAGACCGAAGAUGAAUUUGAUGCGGAGGACAUCAAAAAGGUCGAGAAUUAUGCAAAGGCAAUAAACAUGCUUUAUUGUGCCGUAAAUCCUGAUGACUACCGCAAAAUCUCUUGCUGCUCAACCGCCAAGGAGAUGUGGGAUAAACUUGAGGUGACGUACGAAGGAACGAACCAAGUACGUGAAGCCAAGAUCGACUUCCUCACCCAAGAGUAUGAGAUGUUUAGAAUGAAGGAGCACGAAAACAUCGACGACAUGUUCGACCGAUUCUCCAAGAUAGUCAACGAUCUUCAUGCUUUGAAGAAGACCUACACCGACAGGGAUCUUGUGCGAAAGAUCAUACGGAGCUUGACAUCCGAAUGGCGAUCUAAGGCCGAUGUCAUCUAUGAGUCAAUCGGCACAUCAAAUGUCACCAUCGACGGUUUAAGAGGUAACUUAAAAACGUAUGAAUCUACUAUACUUAACCCGUCUUUGAAUGACCAGAGAAAAGGCAUAACAUUAAAAGCCUCCAAAGAACCGACAAUGAAUGACUCAAGCGAUGAUGAUGAAGUCAAGCUUGUCAUGAAGAAGUUUUGCAAACUUCUAAGAAAGAAAGAAAAGGUUGAGGAUGGCCAUGUGUGCUAUGGAUGUGGUGAAGCCGGGAACAUCAGGAACAAAUGCCCGAGAAACGGAAGGAACACUCGCCACUUCAAAAAGCAAAGGGCAUAUAUCUCUUGGGGUGGCGACUCCGGCGACGAGUCAACCGACCAAGACGAGGAUGAAGCUACCAACCUCUGUCUCAUGGUACACGAAAACCAAACUGACAAUGUACAAGAGGAUUUCUUCCACCUAACGUUUGAUUUNUAAAGUAAGAAAACAAACCGCAACCGAGUAAUUCUCCCAACACGGAGUAGAUUGUUGCAAAUACAAUGAAGUCCUUUAGAAUAU